GCCAGAAGCUGGGCCAUUUAAAAGUAGUCGUGGGGAAAUGGCCGCGCAGCUUGGUUCGUUUGCAGAGGAACGGGACAAAGCCAAGGUAGGGCGAAAGAAGAAGCGAAGAGAAGGUUCGCCUUCAGGUGAAAAAAAGCGGAAGAAGAAAGGUGAAGGUGGCGGAGGAGAAGAUGGAGAAAAGGAAGCAAAGAAGAGGAAACUGGGCAAUGACACACAUCACAGCUGUCACCAUCACCGCCACCACCAUCAUCAUCAUCGACACCAUCACCACCACCAUAGCAAGGAAGAGUUACUGCUGCGACCUCCGCCUCCUACUCUAGGGGUGCCACAGUCUAUCACACCAAUUACCCAGGCCUUGUUCACCCUGUCUCAGUUAGAGAGGCCUAAGGAGAAAGUCAAGCGAAAACACAAGACGAAGAAAGAGAACGGAGAGGGUGGAAGCCCUUUAAGAGCUGUCAAAAAAGAACUUCCAGAUGAAAAUGGAAAAUCCCAGAGAGUUAUUAAACAUGAAGAGGAUUCAUUUCUGAUUAAAAAGAUCAAGAAAAAGAAGAAAAAGAAACAUAGAGAUGACCUGAGAGGCAGAAAGCUUAAAAUGUAUAAUAAAGAAGUCCAGACACUUUGUGCUGGACUCACACGCAUUACUCAAGAUGUGCUGGAUGAAAAAGAUGCAGGGAUAGAGGUUAAUAGUGAAUCCUGCAGGUAUUUGCAAGAUGAAAAGCUGUGUCGCUCUGAUUUAGGAACUGAAGAAUACAGAGUUCCCCAGGAAGUCCAGAUGCCGUUUGCAUCUCAUCAAGAACACUGUAUCCGUACUAACACCUUAGAUAGAGGGUCUAAGUUCAGCAGGUUAAUGCACGAAGAAAAUCAGUCAAAUGGAGGAGCUCCAGUACUACAUGCCUAUAUGGAUGAACUCUCCUUUUUGUCUCCUGUGGAGAUGGAGAGAUUUGCUGAAGAGUUCCUGGAACGGACAUUUAAUGAGAAUGAUAAAAGUGCAGCUUAUUAUGCCCUGGCCGUAGUGCAUGGUGCCGCUGCUUAUUUGCCAGAUUUUCUAGACUAUUUUGCCUUUAAUUUUCCUAAUACUCCUGUAAAAAUGGAGAUCCUAGGCAAGAAAGAUAUUGAGACGACAACAAUUGCUAAUUUCCAUACGCAGGUAAGCAGGACAUAUUGCUGUGGAACAUACAGAGCUGGUCCUAUGCGCCAAAUUAGUCUAGUGGGUGCUGUUGACGAAGAGGUCGGAGAUUUUUUCCCCGAGUUCCUGGACAUGUUGGAAGAAUCGCCCUUUUUAAAAAUGACUCUACCAUGGGGAACAAUGUCCACUCUAAGGCUUCAGUGUAGGUCACAAAGUGAUGAUGGCCCAAUUAUGUGGGUAAGACCUGGAGAACAGAUGAUCCCUACAGCAGACAUGCCGAAAUCCCCAUUCAAACGUCGACGGUCCAUGAAUGAAAUCAAGAAUCUUCAGUAUCUUCCCCGAACUAGUGAACCCCGGGAGGUUCUCUUCGAGGACAGGACAAGAGCCCAUGCUGACCAUGUUGGACAAGGUUUUGACUGGGAAAGCACUGCUGCUGUCGGCGUGUUGAAAGCUGUGCAGUUUGGAGAAUGGAGUGAUCAACCACGCAUAACCAAAGAUGUAAUUUGUUUCCAUGCAGAGGAUUUUUCCCAUGUUGUCCAAAGGUUGCAGCUUGAUCUCCACGAGCCACCAGUGUCACAGUGUGUUCAGUGGGUAGAUGAAGCCAAACUCAACCAAAUGCGACGAGAGGGAAUCCGCUAUGCCCGCAUCCAGCUCUGUGACAAUGAUAUUUAUUUUAUUCCUCGCAAUGUAAUACAUCAGUUCAAGACUGUAUCUGCAGUGUGCAGCUUAGCAUGGCACAUAAGACUUAAACAAUAUAGUGCCAACAAAGAAGAUCCACAGCCAGCUGAAAAGGACCAUGGCUCUGAAACCUCAGCCCCAAAAGAUAAUUUUGAAACAGCUUGUUUUAAAAUGGAAGAUGAGGAUACCUUGAUCACAGCAGCACAGGCACCUUCCCUUGCACCUCCUAUUCCAUCUCAGAGGUUAGAAAGUCAACCACAACAAACCCAAGGAAAUCCCUACCACACAUCAGGCUGACUUGUACAGAAAGUAAAGACUUUCCUUUUUAUUUUAUUUUCUUUUCUUAAGUAUAUUUUUUAAAUUUUGAUGUGAAGUUAUAGUUUUAUAACUGAUCUUUUAAUUCCUAUCCAGUAACUGUUUAAUAUUGUUGACUGGGUUUUCCCUUCACAGAUUUGCUGCCUGAGUGGCCUGCAUAUGUUUGUUUUUUUUAAUUUUGUUGCCAAACCAUAUUGCUAGAAAGGGAUAAACAAUGCAUCUAAAGUCUUUCCGGUUUCAUUUUCAUUUGGAACAGGUCCAUGCAGGAGAGAAAAUGAAAUAUUGUUCUUGCGUCUUAGACUCAAAAAAGCACUUUCCAUUAAAUAUUUUAGCAUGGAUUAUUAA